AUGCGGCGCUUCCUAACAAGAUGGCGGAUUUUGGCUUCAGGGUAUAGCCAAGUUUCCGUACUGUAUGUAUACUGUUCUGCUGGUUAGCCCCCGACUUGAGGUUAAUCGGUUUAUAAUUUUACACAAUUGAGGCCCAUGAGUUUCCAAUCUUGUCUAUAUUGAAUUUAAUUGGCGUAACUGUCUCUCUGCCUGUACAAAGGUCAAUUUAUGCUCAUUUGAUUAACAUUUUUGUUUCUUCAGUGCAAUAUCACUAUGGUUGCUCCAUCAGAAUCAUCAUCAAAAGGCGUUAUUCAUUUCUUCAAAUCUUUGUAUUAUGAUCCGUUUAGAUGGAGCCUGGUGAAGAGUUUCGCUUUGGCUGCGAUUGGUGUUCAAAUUUCUAGAGAGUUUCGUGGAUUUCAGCUGAUGCCUCCUGCUCAAUAAUCACUCAACAAUGAACUUCUUAGUAUUUCUCUUCUUUUUGUCCGUAAUCCUAGUCGCUAAUGGACAAAAACCAAACAUUGUCUUAUUUUUAACGGAUGAUCAGGAUGAACUGCUUGGAGGAAUUGUACCAAUGGGAAAAACUCAACGACUUAUUGCCAAUAAAGGUGUUAUUUUCUCAAAUUCGUUUGUUAGCACUCCGCUCUGUUGUCCAAGUAGAUCAUCAAUAUUGACCGGACGAUAUGCGCAUAACCAUGGCACAUUCAAUAACUCCAUUAAUGGUGGAUGCAAUUCUCAUGAGUGGCAGACUGUUCAUGAAAAAAAUACAUUUGCUGUGCAUCUCCAAAAGAAUGGCUAUAGAACUUUCUACGCUGGGAAGUACUUGAACAAGUACGGUACAGGCAAAAACGGUAGUCACAUCCCUCCUGGCUGGGACUGGUGGUUUGGACUUCACGGAAAUUCAGUCUACUACAAUUAUACGUUAUCUGUGAAUGGAACGAACCAUUACUUCACCGAUCAAUAUCUAACCAAAGUCAUCAAGAAUUAUGGUCUGGAAUUUUUGAAAUCACAAAGCAAUCUUGAUCAGCCGUUUUUGAUGGUCUUGGCAACACCAGCACCUCAUGAACCUUUUACCCCUGAAGAUCAAUAUAAAGGCCAUUUCAAAGGAGUAAAGGUACCUCGUACGCCAAAUUUCAACUAUAAAUCCGGAAAAACUAAACAUUGGCUAACUAGGAUGCUGCCCGAAGUUCUCCCUGAUGAUCUCAUUUCGAAACUGGACCAAUUUCAAGAAAUGAGAUGGGAAACUCUUCUCUCAGUUGACGAUCUAGUCGAAUCUUUAAUUGAGGAACUCGAAAAAAAAUUGCUUUUGAAUAAUACCUACGUUAUAUUCACAUCAGAUAAUGGAUUCCAUCUAGGCCAGUUUGGCUUACCCUGGGAUAAGAGACAAAUGUAUGAAACAGACAUACGGGUACCGCUCAUUGUGAGAGGACCAAAUAUUCCGGAAAAAAAGCUGAUGACUAGUCCAGUUGUAAAUGUUGAUAUUGCUGGUACAAUACUAGACAUGGCAGGUGUACGUUAUGAUUUGGACUCGUUUGAUGGCUUAUCGUUUCUUCCUAUUGCAAAUACCACCUUGCCAGACAGUCGACAUCGAUCAAUUGUCAUAGAGUAUCGCGGUGAAAGCAAUAGUAUCGAUAUCGAUCCGCAGUGCGAGCAUCUGAUUGGUGAUUAUGGUAUCAAGGGAUGUCAUUUCGAAGCUGCCUGUAAAUGCCAGGAUUCCCAUAACAACACUUACAAUUGUCUGAGAAAAAUAAGCGAUCCUGAUAAUUUUAUUUAUUGCGAGUUUGUCGACUCUGAGUACUUUGCCGAAUUUUACAACCUGGUUGAAGAUCCAUAUCAGCUGAAUAAUUUGGCUCACAAAAUAAAAGAAACAACCAGUCAUGAGCGUGUCCAUCAACUCCAAGAAGCAUUGACUGCCCUAUCUUUAUGCAGGGGCAUUAAUUGCCAUAAGACGUGAAAUGAUUUUGAUGGUAGACUUUCAACGUUUUUUUUUAUAGCUUAUUCGCUUAGUUAAUUAAGUAAUUCAUAUUUUUGGAGACAUUUUUGAUUGCUUAUGAAUAUUAUACAAAUAUUUUAAAACUGUCGCAUAUAACCUUUUAGUUUAAUGCUAUUAUGUACUGACAAAACUAACUUAUAGUAGAUUGGUUUAAUCAAUAUAUUAGAUGAUUGUACACGUACAGUAGUAUAACAAUACUAACAAUAUUGAUAAUUUGUAGACCUUUACUUCAAUAAAUAAUACCUUCUCUCAACUGA